GUCAGGACUUUUAAUAUUGGAACUAUUUGAUACUGGCGAUGUAUCCACAAAGGCAGAAAAAAGAUAAAAGAAGUGAUUAGAAUGCAUUAGUAUACAGGAAUACAACAGGUGAUUAGCUGAGACAGAAACUACCAAUAAAAUGCUGUCAGACAGAGAUGGGUCGCUACAGUAUUCCAAAGCUCACCAGCUGAAUGUUGACAUUACAAGCGAUGUUCUUAGAGAGCUACUGAAAAAGAAAUCACCAAGCCUAAAGAAUCUACUUUCGACACAAGCGAGCACAAUAAAAAAACAUUUCAAAAAGAAAAUAUUAAAGCAGAAACAGCACAAUUUGCUUACAGAAAAACAUCCAACAGUAGAAAGUUUUGAUGUUACACUUCUCACUUACAUCUUGCGGAACCUAGUCAGCCUUAGCGUUCAAGAAGAAGCGGAUAUCGACAAAUUGAGGGUUAUUCGGAAUGAUUUGUCGCAUAUUCCGAAAUAUCAAUUACACAACAAUGAUAUUUUCGACGAAGCAAAAGGUGCUAUCAGAUCUCUUUGCAGAGGAUUUGACGAAGACACCAUUGAAACCGUUGAAAGCUCAAUCAAGAGGCUAGAAGAAAACGAAUUGAUAUCAAAAGUGACCUACGACAGGAUUUUACUGUUACGGAAAGAAGCCUUUAUGGAUAAACUUCUAAAAGCAUCUGAUUCUGAAAAUGCUGAAGAGACAAAACUGAGGUAUAACUUAUCAGUUUAUGCUGAGAUUAUAGGUCGAUACAUUGAAGUAGAUGUUUUAUCAGCAACAUUGUUAACGAAAGAACUUAUACCGGAGGAAUUACAUACUAAGGUUAUUAGUGCACUUAACACUGAAGAUCAAGCAUCACUUCUUGUUCUACAUAUGCUAGGAGAAGACCAUGAACGGGUUUUAAUGUUCUGUACCUGUAUUCGUGACAUGAACAGCAAUUUAAGUGAUGUGAUCUGCAGGGAGCAAACCAAUUUAGGUAAACUUCUUUGGGAUGUUGAAAAGAAAGCAAUUCGGAAUAUUUUGAAACAUUCAUUGGAAAAGUGCAUCACUGACAGAGUAAGAUGUGAAGACUUGCAUGAAUAUGUGGAAACAAAAAGACGAUGUCGGACAAUGUUUGAAAGGGUUCAAACAUGUGUUCUGGAAGAAUUUAGUGACGUUAUAUUUGAAGACAGCCACAGCAGUUUUCAGGGCUUAAAAUGGAAAGACAAUAUCGACAAUUACGACAACUCCGAGAAAUUAGGCAGUGACGUGUUGCCGGUAAUAAAUUUGCCAAGCGAAGACUUUGCUCUUUAUGUUGGACAAAAACUGAAGCAAUUAUCUGAUAGCCCGAAAAUGGCAAAAAUGAUAGAAAUUAUUACAAAGAGCAUAACUGAAGAACUAAUAUCAUCUCUAAUAUUUUCAAAGUUAAAGCCUGAUAGCGUAAGAGAGUUUUUUAAAGGUGCCCUUAGUGGAGAUGGAUACGGGUUGACAAUUGGUGUUGAAGAAACGUUGAUCGAAAUACAUCAGACUUUGCAGGUACAAAGCAAUGUUAGUGUCAGUGAAAAAACUACAGCGCUUCGUUCUUUUAAAACUGUGGCAUCUAAUGGAUACAGUGCGUCGUCCAUAGUCAGUAGUGUCUCAACGGAUCUCACUGAUCCUGCCCAUUACUUUCUGUAUCCCAGCCAGCUGCGAGACUUGCGUCCUUUAUAUUUCUUGAGCAUGGCAAUAAAGUUUAUUUGCGCCUGCAUUAAUGGUAGACAAAAUGGAACGUUUCAUUUCGGAAUCAAGCCACUGGACAAUGAAAAAGGAAAAGUUAUUGGACUAUCAACCGUGUUGUUUGACAACAUAAAUUUGCUUUCAACAUUCAACAACUGUAUCAAAAGAUGUUUUGGCGUUAAUGCAAAUAGAAUAACGCGUUGCCUGGGUCCUCUACAAAAUGUCGAUGUAGACGGCAAUAAAACGGUCAUCGAGUUUGAUGUGGAGCCAGUUUCGACCUUUUUGGAGGAGAAAUUAGUUCAGAUCCAGUUCCCUCCCUGGGGCAAUACGAAACAAAAAUGUUUUUUACGAACACCUUUAGGCUCUAUUGAAGCCAUAGACCAGACGAUCAUUGAAAAGGGAGAUGAGAGCAUUAGCAAUAUAUUUGAUAGAAGACGUAUGCUUGAUGAAGAAAAGAUUCAUUUGAAAAAGACAGAGACAAACCGUUUGUCACAGCUCACACAAGUACUGACAGCAGGCAACAAGUAUGUAACUCCACAUUUGUUUCCGCACGUCAUAUGUGGACAAUAUUCUAACGCCAACAAUUCAGAAGAGCUGCUGUCGGAUUUGACCUCAAUGGAAUCGGUAUUUUUGUCGGCUUGUGUUGUGUUUAACUUUGAUGAUUCUACUAGCCUUCGUCCAUUGAUUGAAAAGGGAAAAUUGAUAUUUGAUGUGCUAGAUGUUGAUAAAAGUCAAAUGAUUGAUCCAGAUAUAACAAAAAGGGCAUGGAUUAACUGCGGCCAUUCGUGUGAUGAAACGGUUGUCGUGAGGAAAAGGUUUGACCCAAGAGGAUUCAGUACGGUCGUUGAACGCGCUGUCAUGUCUUUUGCAGAACGCACUUUGUUCAUCUUUUUUAUAUUUCAAGAUCUGCAUAAAAGUAAUCCUCUUUUUAUGACAGCACUUGAGUUCUGUAACAAGUACACUGAUAAAACAAUUAUUAUUUCGGAUAGGAAGGAAAAUGUUGAAUCCCUAUUAAAAGAAGUGCCACAGUAUACCGAUGUAGACGUAGACGGGAUAUUCUUUUAUGGUUUUUCCUGGAAAAGAUUGGCUUUAGCUUUGAAAGCAGUGUUUGUCAAUAACCCAGACAUAAUGUACAAGCUACCGAACGGAGAUGGAACAGUGACACUGCUGACAGAAAAAGACAAGACAAUUGCACAAAUAGACGAUAUCGAUAUAAUAAGUGGCCAUGAAUGCGUUGCUGAAUUCGAGGAAAUGAACGACGAUGACAGACGCAAAAAAAAGGCAGAAGUUGAAAAAAGCUUCUAUGAAGGUAAUGAAGUUUGUUGGUGGAAUUUCUUUUUUGACGGUCAAGUUUGUAGAAGAGACUACGUUGCAGAUUACACUGAGCGUAUUGAACAGCAUAUUAGAAAUGGGGCAAUCAAGCGCUUGUUUGAAAUUGUUGAAAUUUUUCAUCAGCGUGGAGCCGGUGGAACAACAGUCGGGAAACAACUCCUAUGGAAGUUCAGUCAGUUCAAGGCUGAUGCAACAAAGGCGCUAAAAGCAUGUAUUGUUCAAAAUGUAACUAAAGACAAAACGGUAAAACAGAUAGCUCGGUUAAGACAGUUGGGGGAAGAUGACAAAGAUCUGAUAAAACCUGUUCUUGUUUUGGUAGACAAUACGACUGAAGAAGAAAUUCAAGUACUUAAGGGUGAAUUGGAUCUCGUAUCUUACAAGCAGGGUUCCAAGUCGGGACAACUGUUUUGUAUACUGAUUGUCGUUUCUCAGGUUGAUAUGCAAUAUUCAAAAAGCCGUUUAGUUUUAAAGCAUUUCUUAAGUAAGGAGGAAAAGUCAAGAUUUGAAGAUCGUUCUAAGGACGUAAAAGAUCUACAGUCGUUAAUUGCUUUUAACGUUAUGAAGGAAAAUUUCGACAAACAAUACAUCAAAAGAACAGUGCACGAUAUUGUUAGCGGAUUAGAAACCAAAGAGGAAAAAGUGUUACAGCAUUUGUCAUUGAUCAGCAUGUUUGAUGGCAAGGCUGCGAUACCAACAAGUGUGUUUGAUGAUUUGAUGGGAUGUGUUGUUUCCACUUCAGGAAGUUUUAGUGUAGAUGAGCUUCUCAAUUCAAAACAUCCAGCGGGAUUAGCUUUUAAUUUACGACACAAAGGUGCUGUUUCUUAUCGACAGACUUGGAAUACAAAGACAACAGAAUCUCUUGAACUCAUGUUGAAGUACAAAGAAACUAAAGGCCUCAGCGCAGUGACUAUCAUAUCACCAUUGAUUGUUGAAGACAUUUUGGAAUACCUCAAGGGAAAAUACUCUUUGACGCUGGAGGAUGUUGUUGAAGACUUGCUCAAUUUCAUGGAAAGAAAAACUACAGAAGCAUCUGAAAAGGAAAGAGCAGUCAGUAUAUUCAAAGAUGUGAUUUGUGAUUUGUUUGUGAUUCGACAAAAUAUCAAAACUGAUGAAAAGGCAGAAGGCAGAAGGGAAUUUUCAAAUUUAGUUCGUGCACUUACGAACCAGCUUCCAGGUGACAUGCCAACAGAUCCAUAUACAAGAGCAGAUAAAUGGAUGAAAAAAUGUUUUGUAGUCUCAAGAUAUCCUUUUAUUGAACAACAUAGGGCACGGCUGGGUAUAUUUUAUCGGCAAUAUCCUUCAGCUUUAGAUGCAAUCCAACAGGCAAUAGCAGUAAAUGACAAGGUCCCUAUAUUCUAUGAUACCUACGGUCAGAUAUAUCGAUCUCAAAUGGACCUCAUCCUCAGAAAAACACCUGAUUAUAAGUUUGCUGGAACGAGCAAAGAUAUUUUUCAACUUGCUCAACAAGCAAUCCGAUACUUUCGCCGAGCUCAGGAAUUGGACCAAAUUAACGAUAUGACAUCCUAUCUUAUGGAACUGAACACAGCUCUUUCGUUCUUAGACAAAGUAAUGGAUGUGGAUGAAGAAGUAGGCGAUAGGACACUUUUUGUUCGUUUUUUAAACGGAGUUGACACCGAGAAAUUCGAUUACCUAGGAAAAGAAAUAUAUACCUUUCGAAAGUGGAGUGAACAAUAUUUUCAUAUUACGAAUACUUUGGUUCGAAUCGAAUAUGAGUUAUUCAUGAAAAAAAGACCAUGUAAAGAUGAAGCAAGUCGAAAAUACACAGAAGGAAAAGCAAAUACAUUACGAUAUCAAUAUGAGAGCAUAUAUGGAAAAGAAGACGAAUGUUUUGUUGUUGGUGAAACAUUUAGGUCACUGAAGAAAGCAUAUUUGAAUGACCUAGCUGGACUUGAACGUAAAGUAGAACGGUUAGAACACAAACACGAUUUAAACGAAAAGGACCUGAUGGUGUAUCUGGCCUAUCACAUCAUCAAAAUUUCGUUGAUGAAAGAAAUAGAGGACGAACAGAAGAGUGAGUUAGAACAGAGAUACCCUCUUCUGAUACAGCGAAGUGAGAAACUUCUUCAAAUCCAAAGAGACAAGAAAAAAAGAAAACUAAAAGUUCGCACAAUUUAUAUAGAAGCCUACAUGUAUUUUACAUUACUUCAUUGGCCAUUACAACUUAGAUCAGACAAAUAUUCUUCAGACAUAUGCAGAACUGAUAGAUUACCGAAACUGUUAGAAGAGUGGCAAAACGAAUAUGAUGAAAGAUUUGCAUCAAAGCGAAAUGAUCAAGUGCGUGUUAAACCAACAACGUUUUUUGCUUUGGCGGAAGGAAAUCCCGGUUGUGAUAUUGUGGAUCAAGACAUGAUUCGGGACGUAUGGAGAGAGCAACAAAACAAAGACGGAUAUCAAAGGAGAGAGGUCAAAGAAGAUGAUAUAUGGAAUCAAAAUUUGGGAGUAAGGCCAUACGUUCGACUAGAAGGUGUUGUGGACGGAAAUGGGCACAGUAUUAAGUACAAGAUUGUUUCUGACGAAGGAAAACUGAUGAAGCCCAUUUUUCAGUUUAAUAUUCAAACUUAUGAAAGUUGCAAGCAUUUGCGUAAUCGUCGUGUUUCGUUCGUUUUGGGAUUUACAUGGCGUGGACCAGCUGCUUUUGAAGUGAUUUUGAAAGAAAAUGUUGAAGACCCUUCUGUGCUGAAAGAAAACUCCAACGAAAUAUUUGCAAAAGGGUCAGGGGCCAUGCGUGCUGAGACUCAAACACCAAACAUUUGGAAAAAGAAACCAGGAACAAUGAGAAGUGGCACGCCAUCUUCUGAAGGUGACUGGGCUUAUAAUUUUGCUGCUGCGGACAGAGGCGCAUGUUCAGUUGAGGGAUUAGAUAGUAUGGGAGAUUCCCGGAGCGUGAAGACAUCUUAUUUGCUUUCUUCAGUGGAAAAAACAUUUGAUUUGGACAAUUACAUCAAGUCUGAAUAUAAGUCGGAUGAGCUCGGUUCUGCAACCCAAAUUGAAAUUGAUGACAUUGAUGAAGACACUUUCAAGAAACAUUCCGAACCUCCUCUUAAUCAAGAUACGAACCAAGAGCCUCAAUCAGACGACAAAAAGAAAAAGAAGAAACGAAAGAAGAAUAAGAAGCCUUAACGAUGUAACUGCUAUGGCCUUCAGUUUGAUAUGUCCAGAUUUCAACUUAUGCAAUAGAAAUAUCUCCUUUUCAAUAGUUCUAAUUCAUUAUUUGUAAAUAUUUUGUUGUCUUUUUCAUUUGUUAAAAUAUAUAUAUGAUGCUUUGUACAAACUUUCGAGUUAAGGCUUCAAAGACUGAUAACAUGUAUUUUUUUUCUUUUUCAAUCUUACUAGUUUUUGUUUUAUUUAGCUAUUUGUGAGAGUUAAUUACGAUUUGUUCAAACACUCUUGACAUGAACAUACUAAAACCUACCGUAGAAUUAUUUUUUUUGGAUUUUAAAGCAUAAGCUGUACAUUGAUUAUUCCCCUUUUCAUUAUAACUAGUUAUUCAUUUGUUUAUGAUUGUGAGUAUGUUUUCAACUUGUAAAAAUUGAUGAUGCCUUGUACUUUCAGUUAAAAAAAUGCGUAUUGAUUAUACCACUAUUUCAAUAUAACUUGUUAGCUAUUUAGUUGUUUAUGAAUGUGUUUAUUUUGUUUACUUGUAAAUAGCCAUGAUUCCCGAUUUCAAUUCAUGAAAUGCACAUUCAUUGAUCCCCUUUUCAAAACUACUAGUUAUUUAGUUGUUUAUAAAUAUGAGUAUAUUUUUCAUUUAAAAAAAAGAUUAUACCUUGUACGAAAACAUCAACCUACAAAGAAGAAAUACUCGUUCUAUAUUUUGUCAUAAAAUGCAUAUUGAUUAUUCCCCUUUUCAAUAUUACAAGAUUAUGAUUUAGUUUUAUUAGUUAUUAUUUGUAACUUGUAAAUAGCGAUGCUACUUUGUACGAAAAGUCUUGUCUUGAAUAUACUAGAACCUUCAAAGAAGAAAGAAUAUUUCAAUAUUUCAAUUCAUAAGAUGCAUAAUUAUUAUUGCCCUUUUCAAUAUAUCUAGUUUAACUAGUAAUAGUUUUUAUUUGCUUAUGAAUGUGUUUAUAUUUGUAACUUGUAAAUAGCCAUGAAGAUAAUAAAAUGCAUAUCGAUUAUUUACUUUUAAAAUAUUACUAGGUAGUUAUUUAGUUGUUUAUGUAUGUGUUUAUAUUUGUUACUUGUAAAUAACCAUGAUGUCUGAUUUCAAUUCAUAAGAUGCAUAUUUAUUAUUCCUCUUUUCAACAUUACGAGUUAGUUAUUUAGUUGUUAUGUAUGUGUAUAUAUUUGUUACUUGUAAAUAGCCAUGAUUGGUUAUUCCUCUUUUUAGAUAUUACUUGUUAGUUAUUUUGUUAUUUAUUUAUGUAUUUAUAUUAUUCACUUGUAAAUAGCCACGAUGCUUUGUAAGGAAAUGCAUGGCAUGUACAUAUGAAGUAUUUCUGUAUACUAUUUUGAGCCUUACAUUGCAAUUUUUAAAGGGCGAACGUUCACACGCCAUUGCCUUGUUGAUAUAUGUGACGUCAUCUACGAAAAUGAGUCAUAAGGAGGCAUUACUAUCAUUAUCACCGAAUUUGAAAAAGCGAUUGGAUAAAAAAAUAAAUCUUUCAACAAUGUGUAAAAUUUAAAUUACAGAUAAUUUAAAUUUUUUUUUUUUUUUAAAUAGCAUCAAUUGUCUGCUUAGAUUACACACUUUUUCCGAAUUGUUAACGUUAAUAAUACAAUGAAAUCUACAGAGACAAGCCCAGUCGUCGAACAUUAAAAAAUAAACCCUGAUUAGAGGCACAAGGCAAUAUUCCAAACGACAAUGAACUAGAGACACAAACGUGUAAACGCCACAAACACAAAUACCAACAACCACUUGUAUCUGUGCAGGACUCAUUUUCGCAUACGACGUCACACAUCCGCAUACAAAUAUAUUGACAUGGCGUUAACUUAUUGAUUAGAUGGAUUGUGAACUUUUCACUAUUUCACAAAAUACCAUUUACACAUACAUAUUGUUCAAUAACCAUCUGUCCUUAGUUGAUUUUCACCUAUGUUCAAGUGUAUAUUACUUAGUUUAUAAUUCGAUAUGAACAACAUUUUUACUGCUUGGUCAAUUUAUGCCCAUUUACCCGAAUUUGCCUUAAACAUGACUUCCAAUAUGCUAUCAAUCGGACCAAGUAGGUACUUGUGAACUACUACAUAUUGGCAAUGCUCAUAAUUGUUAUCUUUAAAAAAUUGUAUGCAAUUUACUUCGUAAAAUAUGAUAUUUUGUACACGAACAUAGCUGAAAUGUACAAACGUGUAAAUUGAGUAACUUAUAAUGUGUAUUUAUAUGUAGCUGUUUAGGAACGCGUGGUUACCCCACGGUAUCCCUCUACAUAAGUUUACCGAUGUAUGGAUAAAGUGUAUUAUGCUUCCCCAUCGGAGCCCAUGUCUUAUAUGUAUUUAUAUGUAGCUGUUUAGGAACGCGUGGUAACCCCACGGUAUCCCUCUACAUAAGUUUACCGAUGUAUGGAUAAAGUGUAUUAUGCUCCCUCAUCGGAGCCCAUGUCUUAUAUGUAUUAAUAUGUAGCUGUUUAGGAACGCGUGGUAACCCCACGGUAUCCCUCUACAUAAGUUUACCGAUGUAUGGAUAAAGUGUAGUAUGCUUCCUCAUCGGAGCCCAUGUCUUAUAUGUAUUAAUAUGUAGCUGUUUAGGAACGCGUGGUAACCCCAUGGUAUCCCUCUACAUAAGUGUACCGAUGUAUGGAUAAAGUGUAGUAUGCUUCCUCAUCGGAGCCCAUGUCUUAUAUGUAUUAAUAUGUAGCUGUUUAGGAACGCGUGGUAACCCCACGGUAUCCCUCUACAUAAGUGUACCGAUUUAUUGAUAAAGUGUAGUAUGCUUCCUCAUCGGAACCCAUGUCUUAUAUGUAUUAAUAUGUAGCUGUUUAGGAACGCGUGGUAACCCCAUGGUAUCCCUCUACAUAAGUGUACCGAUGUAUGGAUAAAGUGUAUUAUGGUACCUCAUCGGAGCCCAUGUCUUAUAUUUAUUAAUAUGUAGCUGUUUAGGAACGCGUGGUAACCCCAUGGUAUCCCUCUACAUAAGUGUACCGAUUUAUUGAUAAAGUGUAGUAUGCUUCCUCAUCGGAGCCCAUGUCUUAUAUGUAUUAAUAUGUAGCUGUUUAGGAACGCGUGGUAACCCCAUGGUAUCCCUCUACAUAAGUGUACCGAUGUAUGGAUAAAGUGUAUUAUGGUACCUCAUCGGAGCCCAUGUCUUAUAUUUAUUAAUAUGUAGCUGUUUAGGAACGCGUGGUAACCCCAUGGUAUCCCUCUACAUAAGUGUACCGAUGUAUGGAUUAAGUGUAGUAUGCUUCCUCAUCGGAGCCCAUGUCUUAUAUGUAUUAAUAUGUAGCUGUUUAGGAACGCGUGGUAACCCCAUAGUAUCCCUCUACAUAAGUGUACCGAUGUAUGGAUAAAGUGUAUUAUGGUACCUCAUCGGAGCCCAUGUCUUAUAUGUAUUAAUAUGUAGCUGUUUAGGAACGCGUGGUAACCCCAUGGUAUCCCUCUACAUAAGUGUACCGAUGUAUGGAUAAAGUGUAUUAUGCUUCCUCAUCGGAACCCAUGUCUUAUAUGUAUUAAUAUGUAGCUGUUUAGGAACGCGUGGUAACCCCACGGUAUCCCUCUACAUAAGUGUACCGAUGUAUGGAUAAAGUGUAGUAUGCUUCCUCAUCGGAGCCCAUGUCUUAUAUGUAUUAAUAUGUAGCUGUUUAGGAACGCGUGGUAACCCCACGGUAUCCCUCUACAUAAGUGUACCGAUUUAUUGAUAAAGUGUAGUAUGCUUCCUCAUCGGAACCCAUGUCUUAUAUGUAUUAAUAUGUAGCUGUUUAGGAACGCGUGGUAACCCCAUGGUAUCCCUCUACAUAAGUGUACCGAUGUAUGGAUAAAGUGUAUUAUGGUACCUCAUCGGAGCCCAUGUCUUAUAUUUAUUAAUAUGUAGCUGUUUAGGAACGCGUGGUAACCCCAUGGUAUCCCUCUACAUAAGUGUACCGAUUUAUUGAUAAAGUGUAGUAUGCUUCCUCAUCGGAGCCCAUGUCUUAUAUGUAUUAAUAUGUAGCUGUUUAGGAACGCGUGGUAACCCCAUGGUAUCCCUCUACAUAAGUGUACCGAUGUAUGGAUAAAGUGUAUUAUGGUACCUCAUCGGAGCCCAUGUCUUAUAUUUAUUAAUAUGUAGCUGUUUAGGAACGCGUGGUAACCCCAUGGUAUCCCUCUACAUAAGUGUACCGAUGUAUGGAUUAAGUGUAGUAUGCUUCCUCAUCGGAGCCCAUGUCUUAUAUGUAUUAAUAUGUAGCUGUUUAGGAACGCGUGGUAACCCCAUAGUAUCCCUCUACAUAAGUGUACCGAUGUAUGGAUAAAGUGUAUUAUGGUACCUCAUCGGAGCCCAUGUCUUAUAUGUAUUAAUAUGUAGCUGUUUAGGAACGCGUGGUAACCCCAUGGUAUCCCUCUACAUAAGUGUACCGAUGUAUGGAUAAAGUGUAUUAUGCUUCCUCAUCGGAACCCAUGUCUUAUAUGUAUUAAUAUGUAGCUGUUUAGGAACGCGUGGUAACCCCACGGUAUCCCUCUACAUAAGUGUACCGAUUUAUUGAUAAAGUGUAGUAUGCUUCCUCAUCGGAACCCAUGUCUUAUAUGUAUUAAUAUGUAGCUGUUUAGGAACGCGUGGUAACCCCAUGGUAUCCCUCUACAUAAGUGUACCGAUGUAUGGAUAAAGUGUAUUAUGCUUCCUCAUCGGAGCCCAUGUCUUAUAUGUAUUAAUAUGUAGCUGUUUAGGAACGCGUGGUAACCCCACGGUAUCCCUCUACAUAAGUGUACCGAUGUAUGGAUAAAGUGUAUUAUGGUACCUCAUCGGAGCCCAUGUCUUAUAUGUAUUAAUAUGUAGCUGUUUAGGAACGCGUGGUAACCCCAUGGUAUCCCUCUACAUAAGUGUACCGAUGUAUGGAUAAAGUGUAUUAUGCUUCCUCAUCGGAACCCAUGUCUUAUAUGUAUUAAUAUGUAGCUGUUUAGGAACGCGUGGUAACCCCAUGGUAUCCCUCUACAUAAGUUAACCGAUUUAUUAAUAAAGUGUUUAAUGCUUCCUCAUCGGAGCCCAUGUCUUAUAUUUAUUAAUAUGUAGCUGUUUAGGAACGCGUGGUAACCCCACGGUAUCCCUCUACAUAAGUUUACCGAUGAAUGGAUUAAGUGUAGUAUGAUUCCUCAUCGGCCUCAUGUACAUGUAUUAGUUGUAUUAUGAUGUAGUUGUUUUGGAACGCGUGGAGAUCCUAGAGGAAUCCAUCUACAUGUAACUGUGUAAUGUGUUAAUUGAAUUUUGGCCUAUUUGUUUCGAAAGUUAAUAUCUGUUAUUUACAAAUUGUUAUGCAUGUGAUUUACAUAUUCUUGUAUAUGAACUUGAUAUUAUAUCUGUAUUUCGCAAAAAAGCUAUUACUGCAAUUUGUAUAGCUUUUUAUGUCUGCACGUUUUUUUAAAAUGUACCUUUACCCAUCCGUCAGUGAUUCAAGCUUGUAUUGUUAAAGUUAUAAUAAGUUGAAAUAAGUGACGUCAAAAUAUGUACGGAAACACACAUUUUUGGCAAACGCAUAGAAAUUUCUUUUCUUUAUAAAGUUUUAUUUGACAGUUAUGUAUUCGUUUUAAGUUAAAAAUAUCUGCUUUUGUAACAGUAUCGUACCAAAAAGACACGAUCAACAGAAAUUGAAAAUAAAAUUGAUAUAACGACGUUAUCUUGACGCACUUUUCUAAAUAUUCAAACAUGCUCAGCGACUAUACGUGUACGAUAAAGUGAACCCUUUUUGACUGAAUGUUAAAGUGAUACUUGUAUUCAAAUUCAAUACAUAAACAUGUAUGACAAACAUAAAUUUUGUGUGAAAAACCUUUAACUUCUUACUAAAUUAAGCAUUUAUGGAAAAUGUUAAUAACUGACAACAAGUUUGUAACCGUGUAUUUAAUACCCGAAAACGCAAAAUAUUAAAUGAAUGGUGAGUGCUAGAUUUACUGUGAUUUACUAUCGUCUCAUAAGGUAGAAAUACCGUGUUUUCUGCACCUUUCUUUCAAAUUAAACUCUGUAUCCUUCAUAAGCACCAUUGUUUUCGACAUUUAUUCAUCCUUUUUGAUAUAUUAAAACAAUUGCACUAAUUGUAAUAAAUCUUAUUUGGGAGUAAGGGUGCACCUUCCCAUCAAUGUAGGCUCAAUGUGUUUAGGCUUGUUUUAUAACAUAGUCGAGCUAUCAUUAUAUGAGCCUCAUCGCGCGAUUUUGGGCCUUCGGUCAUAUAUUUGCUAUUAUAAUGUUUUAAGAUAUUUGAACUGAAACAUAUUUCAGAAAGAAGUUCUGAAAUUUUCAUGACGAUAUAUCUUAAAUUGUGUAAGAUACGUGUUUACAAGUAUUGAGCUGACCAUGUAUUGAGAGUUUUGAAUAUUAAAUUUGACGUCAUGCAUAUGACGUCGUUACGAAAGCACAUUAUUCAACUGACGUGCAAAUUUAACGUAUCAAUAUUACAACUAGUUUAUAUUUAAAUCAUUUUGUUAACACGGAAUCUAAAGGAACAUGAAUUAAGAUCAAAAUGGUGAAUCAUUUUUGUAUUUUUUAUACAUUUGUUCGUUUUAAAAACAGACUAUUAAUGCAGUCAAAAUAUGUCGGGACCAAAUCCAUGGUUGCUAUGGAAACAUGAGUAAACAAAUGGUCAUAAAUUGUCGAGAAAAUGAUGCACCAAUGACAAACCUCUAAAAGAAAAAAGUUUGGAAGAAAUUGAUAUACAAAGAAAAAUAACUAUUUUCGGCAUUUUUUAUUAAUGAUUAUUUCAUUCAAUGCGGCUCAUAUGUUGUCGUUGUUUGUUUUGUUCUGCUGGUUAUGUAUGGAAUAUAUAAUGUAUUAUUGUUAAAGUAUGCAAACUACUCCCAACUGACCUAAUUGUCAUAAGUUUUCAUAUAACCAUGGACAAUACCCAUCAUGUUCAGCUAUAAAUGGAAAUUAUUUGUUUAUAUAUUCUAUGAAUUGGUAAAUGUAAUAUCUGCAUGUCAUCUUAAUGAUACUUGAACUUCUUUGUAAUAAUAUUGAAGGUGAAUGUUACCAAUUAACUGCCAUUUUCCCUGGGCAGAUGUUUACAAUAUUACAUUUGUAUUUGUAAUGUGUGCUAGGUAUUUGUAUGUUCGCCUUUUGCAUUUUAUAAUCGUCUAUACAAUAAAGCUUGAUGUUCUUGA